AUGAGUAAUUUGAUUCUAGUGCUGAAGGAAAUUCUCAACACGGCGGAAAACAAUUCCGUUCGUAUUGCAGCACUAGAACAAACAUUUGUUACACAGGCAGAAUUAAGGAAACAACUAAAUCAGGUCAAGGAAGACGUUAAAAUACAGUUUGGAGACUCUCUGAAAGAAAGUCACGAAGCUCUUGUUGAUAGUGUCAGAAGAGAUAUUCAUACAAGUGUAAAAACAUCAGUCGAUAGAGAAGUGUCUUCCAUAACGGCUGAUAUUAUAGAUUUUAAAACUAGGUAUGCAGACAAAAUGAAAGAAGUGGAUAGUGCCAUAACCGACAACUUAAAAACAACGAUAGAAUUGUCUAAUAAGGCUGACAGAAAAACAUCAUCACUCCAACAAUUGGUUGACAGAUUGGAAUACAGAACUAUUAGGAUGGAAGAUUCUAUUCGUGAAUAUUCUGAAAACUUUAAAAAGUUACAAUCAAGACUUUCCAGAAUUAAUCAGUCUCUCAAUAAGAAUAAUGGAACAAACAUUACACUAGAUGCAGAAAUAGAAAUUGAUGACAUACUGGAGGACGAUAAAAAAUCCAAAGGAGAAUCAACUCCACUUGUAGACAAGAAGAAAUCUAAGAGAAAGCUUUCUAGGGAAGAAAAUGUAUAUACUACGCCAGAUAAUUUUGACUUGAGGAAACUUUCAGAACCAAAUACAGCUAAAGAAAGUGGAUCACCACUUGAAAGACAUUACCCAUUAGAAUCUCAAGAAAGUUCUCAAAGUGUGAACAGUCUUUCAGAUCUUUCAGCUCCACUCAGACUAAAUAUGGGCGAUUUAACAUUAACUAAAAUCCAAACAAAGGUUAAUGAGCUCAAGGAUUAUGUAGACACUCUUAAGGAUACUCUUCAACAUAGAAUUGCUGCUGUAAAGCAAGAUUUGAGGGAAGAUUUCAACUUGAAUAUUCAUGCCACAAAGAAGGAUUUGGAGGAUAAAAUUAAUACCAAAAUGGAAAAGAAGGAUGUCUAUCACUUGCUAGGAUUCAAAUCAAAUGUUAAGGAAUUGGAAAAGAUUAAGGCAGACUAUGAAUUCAUCAUGUCAAUGUAUGCCAAAUUGGAUAAGGAAGUUCUGCAACUUAAGGAAAAUCCACCAACAGCCAAUUUUUCAUUUGCUUCCUCUAAUGGUAGCCCUUCGAGGCGUCAAAGCAUUCCUCUCUCAAAUAGCCAAAACAUGGCCAAUUCAAUUGUUCGUGAAGAAGCUCGUCCAUCGGCCAAGAAGAUCAAAUCUACGCAGGAUGAUCCACUGAAUAUUGUUAAUAGAAGCACUACCUCUCCACCAAAGGAAAGAAUGCCUCAUAUUUUCGGUAACAGUGCAUACCACAAGAUGCAAAAGGGUAACGUUCCAAAUAAGAAGAGUGCAACAGAUGUCAGUAAUGCAGGUAGUAGACCACUUUCAAAUCAAACUCUAAGUGCCCUCAGUAUAAUUGAUAAGAUUGCCAAUCAAAGAUCAGUGAGUGCUAUGGAAUUCAGAGAAGACGAAGAUGGUGAAGUCAAUCUUGUUGGUUCUGAUGCAAAGAUUUACAGAUUUGGUAAUGCUGAUAAGAAGACUCUUAGAUCAGCAUCUCCGGCUCAAUUGUCCGAUUCAGAGGAUGAAUGGAAUAUUAGAGCCUCAAUUGUUGGUAGAUCUCUGCCUACUAAAAAAGCCUCCCCAGCCUAUAGCCUCUCAAGAUUGAGACAGGAUAAGGAAAUAUCUGAUAUGGCAUAAAAUUAUUUUCUUUU